AGGCCCGGUAGUUGGCCUACAGUUCACUUUAGACCGCAAUGCCAAAUAGAUGGUAUAGAUUGGGAGGCCGAUGGACGGCUCUCUGGCUGAGCAUUGGAAUGCUAGUGGGACUGCAGCUGGCGCAUGGAAUGCGCUGCAAGGUGCCCUACGAGAAGGUGCAGAACGACUACUGCUACUUCAUAGCCGACGAGGAGCCGCUGGCCAGCUCGUUCAGCAACUUCUGCUACCAGGACAAGCGUACGUCGCGCGUUUGCCUCGACAGCGACGCCGAGAUGCGCGUCCUGGCCGACCACCUCUAUGCGAGUGGCUACCGGAAUGGCACCCGCUUCUGGAGCGCCGGCCAUCGCUGGCCCGGAGACCUGCAAUUCUAUUGGAACUACUUCGGACGGGCCCGCAGUAUCAACUACACCAACUGGCGGGAGGGCGAGCCCACCUCGGGCAUGGGUCGCAAUUGCGUGCUGCUCACGCUCCAGGCUGGCGAGCUCUUCAUGUCCACCGAGUCCUGCUACACUCGAGCCGUCGACAUCUGCGAGCAGCUGCUCAGCAAUGAGCCCACCAUUAUGCACUGACGUACGCCCUUCACAC